CCCUAAUCCAAAUCCACCUCUCUCAACAACAAUGCUUCCCAAUUCUCAAUCCUCCUCACUCCACACACUCUCCUUCAACCAAGACCACACCUGCUUCUCCACCUCAACAUCCACAGGCUUCCGUGUCUUCACCUGCGAUCCCCUCCGCCAUCUUUUCCGCCGAAUAUUCCCUUCCGACGGUUUCAACCACGUCGAGAUGCUUUUCCGUUCAAACAUACUCGCUCUCGUCGGGAAUGGCUCUCACCCUCACUUCCCUCCUAACAAAGUCAUAAUCUGGGAUGAUCACCGCGGCGAGUCAUUCGGUACGUUAACAUUCCGAACCUCUGUUCGCGGUGUUCGUCUCCGGCGAGAUAUGAUUGUAGUUGUAUUGGAGUUUAAGGUUUAUGUUUACAAUUUCAAGGAUUUCAAGGUUAUUAGUCAGGUGGAGACUUUUUCGAACCCUAAGGGGCUUUGUGUUGUUUCUCAGCUCGCUGAUUCGAUGGUGAUGGUGUGUCCUGGAUUGCAGAAAGGUCAGGUUCGUGUGGAUCAUUAUGCGAAGAAGAAGAUUAAUUAUGUUUGGGCUCAUGAUUCGAGUUUGGCGUGUUUUGGUCUCACGAUUGAUGGAAAGUUUCUAGCCACUGCUAGUACUAGAGGAACGCUUAUUCGUGUUUUCGAUACGGAGAAUGGUGCUCUGCUUCAGGAAGUAAGAAGGGGUGCAAAUGCAGCAGAGAUCUACAGUUUGGCAUUCAGUUCUACUGCUCAGUGGUUAGCAGUCUCAAGUGACAAGGGUACCGUCCAUGUUUUCAGCCUUAAGGUUAAUAAUAGCAACACAGAGCUUGAGAAGUCACAGAGUUCAUCAAAUUCUGCUGAUGCUUCCAUUGCAUCAUUCAGCUCAUCUCUACCAUUCAUUAAAAUUAAAGGAGUAUUGCCAAAGUAUUUCAAUUCAGAGUGGUCAUUUGCUCAAUUUCACUUAAAUGAAGACUGUCGCUGCACUGUUGCAUUUGGCGACCAAAACAAUACACUCACAAUUCUUGGCAUGGAUGGAAGCUUCUAUCGAUGUCAGUUUGACCCAGUGCAUGGUGGAAAGAUGACUCAACUUGAAUCUCAUAACUUUCUAAAACCAGAAAUAGCCUCGUGAGAUGAUACGUUAGAUGAAUCUGCAAUAAUAUCUGUGCUGGCGUUUCAAUCGUUAGUUAUAGUUCUUUACUAUGAAUCUAAUUAGACACAUUAUUUUGUAGAUGUAGGCAGAACUAACAUUACCAUCACCUUGAUGGCUUGAUAGAAAGAUGGAAAGAGUAGCUUAGUGAGUGGAUGAUUAAACAACUUUAUGAGAGUUUUAAUGAUUCAUUAGCCCUCAGAAAAUGGAUGAAAUUAUGCCUUUUAGUCAUGCCACCAUUCACAUUAAUGCUUGAUCCGUCUUUAAUGUGAACGUGAGAAGUAGAAAUUUUUGUGAAGAUCUUCAAGAGGUUGAACUUAUAGCAUAUUCUGAAGGUUUUUUUUGACAAGCAGAUACUAAAGGUUGUAAAUUUCAAAUUUUGGUUUUCAUUUUGAUAUUCAAGCAAUGUACUCUUUUCUGUCUAUUA